AUGCAAAGUUACCCUCUGCUGUUGCUACUGCUGUUGCUUGCGGCGAUUGCCCUUUCCCCCAUAUGUGCGCACAAAGGGGGGGCAACCGCCAAGUACAGCUACAUAACGAGCAGAAGCAACGUACGAAUAAAGAGAUUAAAAAAUUUUAAAAAGUACAAAACGAAGUUGCUCCUUUCACCUGGUGAACACAACCAACACGGGAUCAGCAUCCCGUCAAUGUUACUAUCCAAGAGAAUCAUUUUUCUGUCAUCUCCAGUGUAUCCCCAUAUAUCAGAGCAAAUAAUCUCACAGCUCCUUUACCUGGAAUAUGAGUCCAAAAGAAAACCAAUUCAUCUAUACAUUAACAGUACAGGCGAUUUAGAAAACAAUAAAAUUAUAAACCUUAAUGGAAUCACAGAUGUCAUAUCGAUUAUCGAUGUGAUAGAAUACAUUUCAUCCGAUGUGUACACAUACUGUUUGGGGAAGGCGUAUGGCAUUUCCUGUAUUUUGGCUAGCAGUGGGAAAAAGGGGUUUCGUUUUUCCCUCAAAAAUUCGUCUUUCUGCUUGAACCAAUCUUACUCGGUUAUUCCCUUCAACCAAGCAACCAACAUUGAAAUACAGAACAAGGAAAUUAUGAAUACGAAAAGGAAAGUCGUCGAAAUUAUUGCCAACAACACGGGGAAGGACAAGAGUCACAUCGAGCAAAUUUUGGAGAGGGAUAGGUAUUUCAGUGCCCCAGAGGCUGUGGAAUUCAACUUGGUGGACCAUAUCCUCGAGAAGGAGUAG